AUGAAGGCCGCAGCGCGAAGAGCUCAAGACAAGUUGAAUGAGCAGCGAAAAGACUACGAGGCAAACGCCACUCAAGGAGGUCUCGCUCCUUCCAGCGCCUUUGGUCGAGAAUUGAAGCGCAAAGCCUUCCAACCCACCGGCCUGCUCGUCGAAGAUGCCUUUGAGAAGCGUAACCCCACCAACAUGGAACAGGCUCUGAACCCGCGUCCCGGGGCCCGUCUGCGAUGGCAACGGAAGAUGGUCAUCCGAGAAAUAAGACAUCGGGGCCGGUUGUCAAAGGAGAUGAUCAUAGCGAGGACCGAACGCAGCCAUAUGUCUCGAUCUCACUUUUUCAAGACUUCGAUGAAGAAGCUGGCGCCACUUGCCCGUCAGAUUGCCGGCAAGCCUAUCGACGAAGCGAUCCUUCAGAUGAGGUUUUCCAACAAGAAAGUGGCUCAAGACGUCCGCCAGCACCUCAUCCAAGCCCGGAACGAGGCCAUCGUUGUCAAGGGCAUGGGUUUGGGUCGUGCGGAACUGGAGAAUCAAAACGCAGAGCUCCUCCAGUCCGACCCAAGCGAGACACCGCCCCUCCCUCACCAGACACCACUGAAGACGUACAAGAAGGGCGUCGCACCUGAUCCAACCGACAUGUACGUGGCCCAGGCCUGGACCAACCGUGGGCCUUAUGGUCAAGAACCAGACUAUCGCGCCCGAGGACGGAUGUAUAUUAUGAGACCCCCACACACGGGAAUCACCGUCCUGUUGAAAGAAGAGAAGACCAGGACGAGGGAGAAAGCUGAGAAGGAGGCACGGGCAUUGAAGAAAAGACUGGGCAAGAGCAUGUGGGUACAUUUGCCUGACAGGCCUGUCACUACGCAGCGUCAGCACUUGUUGUGGUAG